GGAGCGGAACAGGAAGUGGCGUUGCUUUGUUGCAAGCGGCAGAGCUGUUGCUUUUUCCACAGGGUUAAAUAAUACAUUUCUACAAGUGCAGUUAGAGUAACAGUUGCACAAUUCAUGUCGUGUUAUAUUUAUGAAGCGCGAGCAGGGUAAGUGAACGAGUUAACGACGCAUACCAAAACUCGAGAGUUUUGGUCAAUACUUGACCAUCUCUACGCGGGGCGCUAAACUGUGCGCCUACAUCAUUCCGCGGGAAAUCAAACAGAAGAAGUUUAUCUGCCACACACUGAAGAAGAGAAGAACCAAUCUGAUCCAAUCAGAAGGGACAUCAGCUUCAAAGAAUGGAGAAGGCUGCCGUCACCAACCUGUCAUUGAUGCAUGUGAAGAAUGUUGAAGAUGUCCACCAGCAGCGGCCAAUUAAAAAAGAGGUUCCUGAUGGCCAGCAGGAGAGGACUAUAGGUGUGGAGCAGACGGAGCCAAAGCCCCCUCACAUUAAAGAAGAAAAGGAUAAACGAGCAAAAGGACUAAAGGAGGCUAAAGUUGAGUAUUCACAACUUCAUCCCAGUAAAAGUGAGCAGACCAGGAUGGCAGAGGUGUCAAUUUACAGCUUAACAACAAAAGCUCGUAAAGACCAGUUGUGGGGAUCAGAGGCAAACGGCCAUUUGAGUCCACAUUCCCAAGCUGAUGAUGACACGGGGUCAGACUCUUCUGAGAGAGAAGACACUGAUGGAGCUCAAGAACAUCCCAAGAGCAAAAGAGCUUCUCAAGGUGUUGCUAACCAUUUUAAAAUUGCCUGUGUUGUUUGUAGUGAAAGAUUCCAACUAAUGGGACACUUGCAAAAACACUUUAAUACACACAUGACAACACACACAACAGCCACUGGAGAAAAAACAUUUGCAUGUGUAUUUUGUGGUAAAACAUCCUCAGAGAGGAGGAACAUCACCUCACAUUUGAGAGUACACGCUAUGGAAAAAACAUUCUUGUGUUCAGUUUGCGGCAAAUCAUUUCUUAAGGAUUGUCUUCUAAAAGCACACAUGAGAAAACAUUCAGAAGAAAAACCUUUUUCCUGCACAGUUUGUGGGAAAGGACAUUUUUUUAAAUACCUUUUGAAAGCACACAUGAGGACACACACUGGAGAAAAACCAUAUUCAUGUUCAGUUUGUAAUCAUAGAUUCACAUCCCAGACUGGUUUAACAAACCACAAGCGAACACAUACUGAAGAAAAGCCCUUUACUUGCUCAGUUUGUGCUAAAGGGUUCAUUCUGAAGUCCAAUUUAAUGAAACACUUAAGAACACACACUGGAGAAAAACCAUUUUCCUGCUCAGCUUGUGCUGCAAGUUUUUCUCAAAAGGAACAUUUAAUGACACACUUGAGAACACACGAAGGUGGCAAACCGUUCACGUGCGGUGUGUGUGACAAAACAUUCUCUCGUUUACAACAAGCUGAAAAACACCAAUGUACUGGCAAGAAGGGCAACAGUAAAUGAGGUUUUGAAUUUACUGAAGCAUGAGAAAAUGAUAAUAGCAUGGUUUGAUGCGUGUGGGGGACAGGUUGGGUUGAUUCCAUCUGAUUCCAUCUCAGAUGAGAAUGGCAACAACAACGUAACCGCCACUGACAAAACGACCGACUUCUCCCAGCACACAAUGUGAUGUGACAGAGUAAAAUAUGUUUCUUUGUAUAGAUUUGUUAAAAAUAGACUAGUUCCAAAAUGUAUAUGCAUUUGCACGUCUUUUUUUUUUUUUUUUCAAUUUUUGUAUUGCUUCUGUAAGUUGUUUGCAGCCUGCACUCAGAUAAAUGUGGUGCUCUGGAGAGGCCAGAUGUGUCGUAUAGUUAGUUGAAUGUGCCAGAGAAGAUAUAUCACAUAUGCCGCUGCUCAGCAAAUUCUUGACUCCAGCAGCUUUUAGAAGGUUGAAUUCUAGAAACACCCUUUUAACACUGUAAUUAUUCAUACCUCACUUUCUGUGCAAUAUGCCUUUACUGCCUCUCUCAGGUUAUUUUGCUUUUGUCACCUCUUGUGUCACGUUCCUGCACACCUGCAACAUCCUCCAGCAUGACCACUAUGGCGGUGGGGCAGUGCUGGCCCCUCGAGGCGUGUCCUUUCCAUUUUGUGUUAGUUUGUUAUUUUUAUCGCGUUUCACUUGCAUGCCUUUUAUUGUAUCUGUAUUUUAUCAAGUGUGAGUUUCUCUUAGGUUUAAUAAAGUAUGUCUAAAUUUUUUUUUGCUGAAAUUGCAGAUGGUACAAAAUUGAGCAGAGAAACAGGGAUUCAAACGUCCAGUGGCUAAAACAGCAUUUCUGUUUUUAGGGAAGAAAAGAAAUACAUUUAAACAACAGUUAGCUCCGUAUUCCAUUAUUAGUUGUUUGGCCUAUGGGUCGUCAGCAAAAUAGUAUUGAGCAAACCGGAUGUCAGAUAUUUGGUAAUGAAAGGGGGAAGUAAACAGCUCAUUCUACUAAAAUAAUUUUCAGGGUAGAUCGAUGUGUCCCUGCUCGACUAAGCAGGGCUGAUCCUCGCUGGUGACGAGGCUAUUUAGUGACUGUUGCGUUCAUGGAGUCUCGAAUUGAUCAACUUAACAAGUGACUACCCUCGCAAAAAUGGAGCAUAAAAAAAUAUUUAGCCCCUAGCUACUACAAUGAGCUCGGUCUAAAAAUGGAUAUUGGCCACAGCUCUGCAGAUGUGUCAGCUCCUGCAAUAUCAAACAUCCAACGAUUGACCUCUGUUGAUGGAGAGCCCGGGAAUGCAGAGCUCAAAUGUGAGGUGGCUGCAGAUUCCCAGGUGGAGAGUUUGGAUGUCUACAACCCGAUAGAGCCUCCUCCUUUAGACUGGAAGUCAGACUCUUCCACUGAGGCAGGCUCUACAGAAGAGCCAGAGGACUCCAGCUUCUUCGCUGCUCCUGGCGAUGUUGAAGAGGCGAGCUCAGGUGGCAUGCAUGCGAAUUGCACUGUGGUCUCACCUGACAACAACCAGCAGGAGCUGAAUGCACCUUCAAACCAGGUGCAUGAGCUGGAAGUGGGUGACGUUGAGGAAGAUGGAGAUGCCCACCAUGAGACAACAUGUACAGAUCUGGAGGAUGACGCUGUUAACCGACGACAAGGCGAUGAAGACCACACUCGUAUCCAAGCCCUGCUCAGCCAACUUCAGCUGAUCGGGGAAGAGCAUCAUCCUCGGCCCAGAACAUCACCUUGCUUUGAUCAGCAGCAGCACUCCGGUCUCUCCGAUCUUGAGACAUGUUCCUCUGUAUCACCCUUAAGAGACGACAGCAAUGAAACCACGGGGCUAUUGUUUUCCGAAAGCCACCAGAGAGACGUGCUGGGACUGCUGCAGUGCACUGCCAUCAAUGCUUCACCCCAUCCCAGCUGCCUCCCCCACACUGGGGAGGUGGACGCUGUUGUUUCCGUAUCCUACAACCAGGAGGACGUCCAGAGGUUCUGGGGACAUUAUGGGAAUGGUCAACAGCAGCGGCAUGAGGACGACUCUGUCACCUCACUGCCUGAUGAAGACUUUCCCGAGCCGGUGUGGCUGAAACAGGGGGAAGACGCUCCGGGGGAGGAAGCUACUGCAGCAGAAAGUGCAGAGAAUGCUGACGAUCAUCCUUCAUAUAAAGAUGUACCUGGUCCUUGUGACCCUGAAGAUCUCUUAGAUGGAGUCAUAUUUGGUGCCAAGUACCUGGGCUCCACCCAGAUCAAAUCAGAGAGGAACCCAUCUACCAAUGCCCGCAUGGCCCAGGCUCAGGAGGCAGUAGACCGAAUUAAGGCUCCAGAAGGGGAAUCCCAACCUAUGACAGAAGUGGAUCUGUUCAUCUCCACUCAGAGGAUUAAAGUUAUUUCUGCUGACACACAGGAGGCCAUGAUGGAUCACGCUUUGCAGAUGAUUUCAUACAUCGCAGACAUUGGCGACAUUGUUGUCCUGAUGGCACGUAGGAAGCGUAAAGAGCAAGAAACCACUGCCGCCUCCUCCAAGGCUCAGAAGUGCUUAAUGGUCUGCCACGUCUUUUCUUCUGAGGAUGCUCAGGUCAUCGCUCAGGCUAUUGGCCAGGCAUUCGGGGUGGCCUACCAGCAGUUCCUUCAGGUCAAUGGUAUCAAGGCCAGUGAUCUGCGGCCUGGCGAGUACAGCGACUACCUGGAAAGUCAGGAGCUCUACAAUGGAGAUCUGGCCCACUUCUCUGACUCUCAGAACAUCAGAGACGUUGCUAUCACCAAGGCUCCAGGAGAAAUUUUGGGUUUAGCAGUGGUGGAGUCAGGCUGGGGCUCUAUCCUGCCCACAGUGAUGGUGGCCAACCUCCUUCACGGAGGCCCCGCCGAGCGCUGCGGGGAGCUCAGCAUUGGCGAUCGCAUCAUGUCCGUCAACAGCACCAGCAUGGUGGGUUUACCCAUCACCACCUGCCAGAACAUCAUCCGGGACUUGAAAAGCCAGAAGUAUGUUAAGCUCAGCAUCGUCCACUGUCCUCCCGUCACAAUGGCGAUUAUCAGAAGACCAGAUCCCAAGUUUCAGCUGGGUUUCAGUGUGGAAGAUGGCAUUAUCUGCAGUCUGAUGCGAGGUGGUAUUGCAGAAAGAGGAGGCAUCCGAGUUGGACACCGCAUCAUCGAAAUUAACGGGCAGAGCGUUGUUGCCACGCCACACGACAAGAUCAUUCACAUCCUGACAAAUGCAGUUGGAGAGAUUCACUUGAAGACCAUGCCGGCCUCCACAUACAGGCUCUUAACAGGACAAGAGCAACCAGUAUUUCUUUGAUUCAGAGAACUGCUCAGUGUUUCAGAUCCACAAACUUUUGCCAAGCCCAUAGACAUUAUGCAACUGAUCAUGAACAGCAUCACUGCAGCGUACGUAUUUUAGGUCGCACACUUUAAAGUGAAAUGGAUGUAUAUUGCUCAGCUUGGAACUGUCAGAUUUGUGAUGAACAUUGAGGAGCGUUUCGUGGGGCGUUUGGUCUUCCAGUCUUGUGUGCCUGACCUGAAAGUGCUCACGGAGGAGACGUAAAGUACUGGCGUACUCCCAAGUCCCUCACUUUUAUAUUGACUCUCACUUGAACACCCUGGUCUUCAUUCAUGCGAUACCUACCUGACUGUCUUUGCUGAGGAAUACAUACGCACAUUUAAAGGUGACUGUUAUUUUAUAAUGUUUAUAAUUCUGCUUGGAGGAGCUUGCAGCGGUGUAGAAGUGCACUUUAUCAUACGGAGAGCUUUCUAAUAUUUUGAUUACGUUAGUAACAAGCGCCACUGAAAACUACCACAAUAAUAAACAA